AUAAAUACAUAAAAUUUAGAACUGGAAAUCAUAAAUCCAACCAAAAUAUAAAUAAAAUUCUUCAGUAAUUUGUAUAAGUCGGGACUACACCAAUAAUAAUACCCGAGUCUAACGAUGUUCGAGCUUCACCAGAUAAAAAAAAUCAAUAGGGGGCUGAUGCGGAUUUUCCAUCGGAUCUUUUUUCGCAACGAAUUCCCUCCAUACUCAAUAUGGGAAUUUUGUCCGAUGAAUCGCUGGAAUCAAGUCGUGGAUGUCCUAAGAUACUAUAGUCUUUGCCGUGCCGAGUGGUUUCCGUAUAUAUACUGGACAGUACUGCUAUGCAGCUGCUUGGGAUUCUUUUGCAGCUUACGGGAACUUCGUAUGGUGUGGAUAACUCCUUGCCAAAAGUUGAAGAUGUGGCGCAAUCGUCAAUUCUAUAUCAUAAGUCAUCGUCGUCUACGUCAGGCUCGACUUGCUGGCUCCGUAAUAUCCCUAAUCUCAUGGAUUCUACUACUCAUUGGCAUUACACAGAGCUCUCCUCUUUUGAUGUGGCCAUGGCUUAUCGUAACCAGCAUUGUCAUGUUCACCGAAUGGUUUAUCUGGGGCUUUGAAAUCGUCACCGGGCGAGUGUACAUCGAUUUUCAAACUGCGAUAUCUCUGCUUCUGCCGGUCUUUCAUCUUGCGAUGGUGCGUUGCGUGCAAGGGGUCUAUAAUGCGGAUGAACGGGAUUCGUGUUUUUGGGACCUUGUCUCACAUUGCAAUUGUUAGGACCAAAAAGAAUCUCACAAAACUAUUGCCAAAAGAAGCUUAUCCCAAAACCAAACCGAUCCUAAAGUCCGAUCCGAUCC